AUGUGGAGAGAUGCCCAGAAAGAGCUUGACAUCCAGCUCCAGAGAGAAAGAGAAGAGUUCGUCCAGCCAGAGAAGGACCGCGUGAAAGUAUUCAGGAUGUUAGCUGCUUCCUACAUCAAAUACAUGCAAAUCUUCCGUAACUUGGAGACAGUCCAUGACCAACUCCUUCACCGGCAGAAACGGACAGUUAUUCGGCAAGGGCUGGAUGGCGUGAUUGGCCGGAUCCUGGAGCUGAAAAAAGAGAUGGUGGAGCUGGAGAAGUCAGAGUUCCAUUACAUGGAUAAUAUCCUGGAAGACCUAAAGCUUCUCCCGGAAGACAUAGAAGUACCUAUCCCAAGGUAUUUCAUUAAAGAAAACCUGGAAGUCCUGCAGCAGAGGGAGAAAAACCUCAAUCAGAUUUUGCUCAAUGCUGGACUGCAAACAGAGGAACCUCUCCAGACCAUGACACUAGAAGAAGCCAUUAAAAUUAUCCAGGUUGCAGAACGGGCUCGCCAAGGCCGUCAUCGAGCAGCAUUCAUAAAGAAAAUUUACCUUGGAGAGAAUAGAAAAAGACAACCUAAACUACAGGACCAGAUGGGUCCAAAUCCAGAUGAUGCUGCCACUUGCAUUCAAAAGGUUUGGCGUGGAUAUAUCCAGCGCAAGAAAACAGAGAAAAUGAGAGAAGAGGAAAUGAUAUUUCUGGGGAUG